UUUCUGCUGUUGCUGUUGUUGUUGUCCUUCGCUCGUAUGCAUUUAUUUUUAUUCAGCCGAAAACGUGGGAUUUUCGACCGCAGUGCUUUGGCCAAGUGCACUGCUGCUGCUGCUGCAAAGUAGCCUGCUACGACUGUGAAGACGUCACGGCUGGAACGGGAGACGUUCUGCUCGCGUACCACUUGCAGAUCACGACCUGCCACUCGCAAAAUUUGCGCAUCUUUAAGAGAGAGAAAAACAUCCAAGGCUUCGGCGGAAUUCCCAAAUUGUUUGAUUUCAUUGUUUGCGGUUCGAAAAUAUGUGCGUUUAAGCAGGGGGCGGUAUAAUCUGCGUGCCAGACUCGAGGCUUGCAGGGGGAGUCUCAUCUGGGAGCCAGAUGAGUCGGAAAACUGAGCCGACGGCGUGGACUGUGGGAGAAAAAACAACAACAUCUGCAAUAUCUGCAGCAAGUGCUCGGAUUAUUAACAUUUUGGUGCCGUUGAUUGGCAGCAGCUUUCCCAACACGAAACGAAACGCGAGCGCGAGGUUAUAUUGACAUUGGAGAAACCCGACUCCUCCACGCAUCAAUUUCUACCGCGAGAACAUUUUUUGUGUUUAACCCCCCCCUCCCAUAUUUGUUUUUAUUUGUGUCAACAUCGCAAGACAAUUUUAGAAUAUCAUGGAGCGGAGCGGCAGUCACGACUCCAAGCGGCCACAGUAAACACGGAGCGCUUGCCUCUGCACUCCUGCAGUAGCAGCAGCAGCAACAGCCGCGUAGCUCCUGCUGCACCUGCUUGUGGCGUGGAGGGAACUGCGCGUUAGGGCGUCGGAUGCGGCUGCUUCACCUGGCGACUGGUGCCGCUGCCGUGCCGGGUUCCUCGGUGCCUGGACGUUAAAGGGGUUCGACUCCCAGCCAUGGUGCAGCCGCGUUUCUUCGUGCUGUUUGGACGUCGCCGCGGAUCGAGCCCUGUUCACCCCGAGAUCAGCAAUGUCUCCCUCGCCCAGACGAUCGAGAAAUGUGAAGUUGAGACGAAGCCCGAGAUGGCUUGGCCGGCAACAAAGAAGGCCACGGCGCGCUCGCUGCACGGGGAGAGGACGCUGCGCUUCAGCGAGGCCGUGCAGGUCACCGAGGUGCAGGACUACGACCGGCGCUCCGACAAGCCCUGGACGCGGCUCACGGCCUCCGACAAGGCUGCCAUCCGUCGAGAGCUCAACACCUACAAGAGCUGCGAAAUGGAAGUUCACCACCACAGCCGCCACCUCACCAGGUUCCACCGGCUGUAGCUGGCACUCGCCCCCAAGCGAUGUUUGGUGACUUUGGGUGUCGUGAUGAUCCCGUGAGGAUGACGACGGCUUGACGGGGUUUCAACCGAGACCCGGCGACUAAGGAGAGCCGGUCGACCGGAGGACAGGCGUCGAAUCGGUGCCUUGCCACUCAAGUGUCGGAGGAUCUGGCGUCUGCCCAAGUGCGGUGCACUCUGCGGCACAGCGAUGCGUGCUGGGAUUUCGAGGCUGCUGUGAGGUUUAUAAGGAGACGCUUUGGCACGCUGAUGGCUUUGCAGUGGCCCCUUUAUUCUGGCACUAACCGAUAGUCACCAGCACCUUUGACUCGAAGGCCGCCCGUUGGAAAUGGCUCUUAAUCUGCGAGCCCCGCGGUUCUGGGAAUGAUCUGAAUGGUCAUUGUGAAGGUGGCAGCAGCUGGUGGAUCAGUGGCCUGGGCCCCUCCGUGGCACGAAGGCCCCGGUGCCAGCAGCUGCACUGCUCGUGCACUCGAUAGCAACGCCACUUUGGUGAGCAGAACAGAUCUGAGCUCACUCGGCGAAUGGCACGUUAUUGCCGAUUGAGAGACACUACAAUGUGGGUUUACAUAGCGUAUGAAUGAGGCCGUACAAAUGGGGGAAUGUAAGCAUCGAGAUUGUUUGAAAAGCGAUUUUUUUAUUAUUAUUUUGGAUGGGAGGAAGUGAGGGGUGGAGUGGGUACUGAGACGACGUUGCAGUGGGACACGAGGGUGCAGAUUUGGGGUUGAGGGCCGGUGACCAAGACCCAGCAUUGGAGCGGUCUCCACGAGUCUGGUGACCAAGGGGAGGAGAGAAGACCUCGGGGUAGAUGGUGGGAGACGGUCAGGGCAGGUCUUGGAGGUCGCGGCACUGCGUGUCUCCCGCGCAGCAGCUGCGGGAAUCGGGCCGAGGGUGGCAGAGGUGUGGUGACAUCAGGGUCGUCACUCUUUGGUUCUUUCGGUAAAUUGACGUAUAAAGAGAAAAUAAUCAAUUAAAUACUAGCAUACGACGUUUCGAUUGCAACACAAGCAAUCGUCAUCAGGUAUAAAUGAAAUAGAAACACAAAUCUAGUAUACUCAGAAAUGUAAUGUAAUACUCGGAUAACAUAACAGUCAACACCCUACCUGGUUGAUUACGUUCUUCCUGAGAAUGCUAAAUUUGAGAGAGAGAUAAAACACAGAACCAGAGACAUAUAGACAGACAUAUAAGUAGAGACAGAUAUCACAGAGAUACAUAGAGAGAGAGACGUACAUAGAUGGGGGGG